AUGCGAGGGGUCACGAAGAUAGGGGUGGUGACCCCUACCAGGGUGGGACAGUCCUACACCUACAGCCCGGGUCAGCACAACCAGCAGGACCUCUACGACGUGCCCCCCUGCAGAGCGGCUCAAGGGGUGUACGAUAUUCCGCCGGCCAAAACGUCAGGAUCGUUGCUGUACAGCGGGAAGCACGCCAGCGCGCGCCCCGAAGGAGUCUACGACGUUCCUCCGUCUCAACCCGAUCUUCGGAACCAGGGAAUCUACGACAUACCCCCCUCUUCACAAGCGGUGUACUCCGUACCCCCGUGCCGGGCCGCCCCCGCGCUGCAGGAGGGCACCUACGACUUCCCCCAGCCGCUCAAACAACCCCAGGAGGGCAUCUACGACGUGCCCCCGCCGGCCCUCACCAAGCCCCCCGUCAGCCCCGAGUCCCCCUACGACUUCCCCCCGAACUCUGAGCUCCCCGGGGCCCGCCUCCACUACCCGGCGGCCAACGGCAACGAGGGGAUCUACGACGUCCUGCCCCCGACGCACCACUCCGACGCCGCUCGUUGCCACGGCGACCUCUACGACAUCCCCCGGGGCAUGCAGACGCUCCCCGCUCACCGGACGCCCCCCGUCGCCGCGGCCGCCCCCGUCGCCAUCCCCGCCUUCCCCCCCGCCGGCGAGCGCUGCGACAGAGGGCGGGGCGUGUACGACAUGCUGCCCGCGCAGGACUCGCCGCGGGCCGCGGUCGCCGACGUGACGGACGGCGUCAACCGGCUGUCCUUCUCCAGCACGGGAAGCACGCGCAGCAGCAUGAGCACCUCCUCGUCCUCCACGGGCUCCGGCGCAGAGGGCCGCCUGGCGCUGGAGCUGGACGCCGCCGUCCAGAGGCUGUUCCGGCUGCAGCAGGCGGUGGAGGCCUCGGUGGGGGCGGUGCAGACGCUGGCCGCCUCCCCCCACUGGAGGACCUUCCCCUUCAUGGAGCGCCACGCCAACGACGUGCGCACCGUGCUGGACCGCGUGCGGGCCACGCUGGGCGACUUCCUGGUGUUCGGGCGCGGCGCGGCGGCCAACGCCACGGCCCUGUCGGACCCCAGCCUCCACAGCAAGCUGAGGAGGCAGCUGGGCCGGCUGGAGGACUCCCAGCAGAUCCUGCUGCAGACCUACCAGGCCCUGGAGGCCUGCGGCUGGGCGGUCAGCACCCUGGCCUCGCCGCCCUCCUCCAGGCAGCACCACCACCACCACCACCACGCCAAGAGCGACGAGCUGGACCGCUUCGUGAUGGUGUCGCGCACCGUGCCGGACGACGUCAAGCAGCUGGCCUCCAGCGUCAACGGCAGCGCCGAGCUGCUUUUCAGACGCAGCAUGGGGGACGGAUCCUUGUCCCGGGGGGGCACGCCGGAGGAGAGCCUCAGCCACCCGCUGCCCUACCCAUCCCCGGACAACGACAACUAUGGCUGCCAGGUGAAGGCCUUCCCCAUGCCCUCGGGCCAGGAGAAGGACAACAUGAACAAUAGUGAGAAGUGCGUCAAGAGCUGGAUGGAGGACUACGACUACGUGCAUCUGCAGGGAAAAGAAGACUUUGAACGGCAACAGAAGGAGCUUCUGGACAAGGAGAACAUCAUCAAGCAGAGCAAAGUGCAGCUGGGUCAGGAACAGAUCAACCAGUUCAAGAAGCUGGAACAGGAAGUGGCCAAGCCGGUGGAGAACGACAUCACCCAGUGGGUGUCCCACCAACACUCCUCCCUCCUCUCGGACUCCUCCCCCUCCCCGUCACUCCCGCUGACGACGACGGGCGGCGGCGGCGGCGGCGGCGGCGGCGGCGCACGCGUCUGCGCCCACGACCGCCAGCUGCUGGUGUUCUACGCCCAGCAGUGCGAGCAGCACUUUGUCACGCUCCUCAACGCCGUCGACGCCUUCUUCGCCUGCGUGGGCGCGGGCCAGCCGCCGCGCAUCUUCGUGGCGCACGGCAAGUUCGUCAUCCUCAGUGCGCACAAACUGGUGUUCAUCGGCGACACGCUGUCGCGGCAGGCCAGCGCGCCGGACGUGGCGAACCGCGUGAUGAACGCCAGCAACGUGCUGUGCGACCUGCUCAAGACGGUGGUGGGCUCUACCAAGAUGGCCGCCCUGAACUACCCGAGCACGGGUGCCGUGCAGGAGAUGGUGGACCGCGUGACGGAGCUCUCGCACCACGCGCAGCAGUUUAAGGAACAGUUGCUGCAAAUGGCCGCUUUGUGAUCGUCUGACAUUUUGGUUUUUUUUCCGCCGCCAGAGUUUUGCCGGGUUUGGGUCGAGUACGUUUUUCCGCCCAAAGACGAUCCGCAGCGCGUGAACAUUUAUCUAUGAUGAAAUAUAUAUAUAUUGCUUUUCAUUAAUCUUAAAAAAAGGAUGUUUUUGGAUGUUGUAAAUAGCCACCCUAUUUUAUGUUCUGUAUAUAUAUGUGCUCUAUUUUUGUGUAGAUUGUUUUAUAUGAGUAUGGUAUGAAUAUAUAUAUAUAUAUAUAUACAGAAACAGUAUUGGUUUCUCCGUAGGAUAACUUAGACAUAUUUUCGUAACAUUCCUGUUGUAUAUUAUGAAGCACCUUAUCAACUUGUCCUGUUUGAUUUCACACGGAGGAAUGUUGUCCAGUCCACCCUACUGCUGGAGGCCACCAUAGAUCUCCAUGGAAACUGUUUGAUGGGGGCCUCAAAUGUUCUUGUUCAGGGCUGGGGGGAUGGGGGGGGGGGGGGGGGGGGUGCUCUACACAGACCAAGUAAAGGAUUGUUUAAGUCUACAA